CGAAGAAGAAGAGCGAGAAGAAUAAAAACGGCUCCAAGCCCUGCUCCUAUGCAUAAGCCUGACCUUUGAUUCAUCUAGUGUGCAGUGUCUUGCUCAUCUAGCGGAGAUCGUUGCUUACGAGGGCUUGGAACUGUAGGUAAGCAGGCUGGCGGUGUUGUGGUGGCGAAAUCUCGCAGAAUCGGUUGGCGGAAGUUAAAUAUAGCAGGGUAGUUUUUACUUUGCUGGUGUUGUAUAGAUAUACUUGUGUGAGGGGAGGGAGUACAUUUUAGACGAGAUUGUAGCGUGUUACUCAGGAGCUGUUGCGGAAGCCUCCUGGUUGGAUGCAGGUCGGCAGAACACGAAAGUGGAAACGAAUUACUACAUUCUCCCUGCUGCUGCUCUGCUUCCCCUGCUGCUGCAAUUUCUCUAGCUAAGGGAUUCCAGUUCUCGACUCGUUUGUCAUGAUGACGGAGCUAGUGGAAGUGCAGGGCUGAGAUGCGGUGAAGUCAGGAAGAGGCUGAGCGCACUCUUUCUAGUAAUUGCGAAGGAUGUCGAAACGUUUUUGAACGUUCUAGGAAAGGUCGUUCGAGUUGAUUGUUGUCAACCCGAGCGCAGAGGCACUUGCCCUCACACUUGUGGCGCUCGACCGAACAGAGUUGAAAUCUGUGAUUUGGACGGACGAAUAAAAAGCGAACAAGACCUUCCAAUGCAGUUUCGAGCGAUCUAAUCCGCAAAGGAGUGUCACAAAAAACCUUCGGUCGUAUCACUCAGUAUAAAUUCUUAAGGACUCUUCUUGGUAGCUGGUGGAGGAAGUAAGGGUGACAACCUGGAAUGUACUUGACUCUCCUUCCAGGGCAUUGCAGAGUCCUUUGCUUAAAAUGCCUCCUUCGACCAUGCAAGACAGCUAUACUUCAACUCCUCGAAAGAUGAAAAUUGACAGAAGUAAUUAUUUUGGGCGAGUGGCGUCGAGAUGGCACACAACAGCAUCCGCGAGGCUCCUGGCAUGCUCUGCUGUCCUCCUUAUUUUGACUCUUUUUGUGAUGUACCGAAUCAGCAGUAUAUCUGGAGGGAUUGUUGAAGGUGGCAUUAUCGGUCGUUCGGUGGCAGCCUUCAAACCAACUCAUGAGUGGGAGUUGAAGGUGCGGCAGUCAUGCGUGCCCAAAAGAUUAGAAGAGGAUGUUAUGGUUGUUCUAGUCACUGGUGCCGCUGGAUUUGUUGGCACUCACGUAUCUUUGUCGCUAAAGAAAAGGGGAGAUGGAGUGGUUGGUCUAGAUAACUUCAACGACUACUAUGAGACUUCCUUGAAGCGUGCCAGGCUAGAUUUGCUCGAGAAACACGGCGUAUUUGUUGUCGAGGGGGACAUCAAUGACGAGACUUUGCUGAUGUCACUUUUUGAAGUAGGCCAAAUUACCCAUGUUAUGCACCUUGCAGCCCAGGCAGGGGUACGGUACGCUGUGCAGAAUCCACGCUCAUAUGUACACAGCAACAUCGCUGGCCUUGUGAAUCUUUUCGAGGUCUGUAAAGCUGCAAAUCCUCAGCCAGCAAUUGUUUGGGCAUCAUCGAGCUCAGUGUACGGCUUGAAUAACAAGGUGCCAUUUUCUGAAAGUGACCGUACCGAUCAACCUGCUAGUCUCUAUGCAGCGACCAAGAAGGCUGGUGAAGGAAUAGCUCAUACUUACAACCACAUUUACGGCCUUUCAAUAACAGGGCUCCGUUUCUUCACUGUGUACGGACCAUGGGGACGACCGGAUAUGGCUUAUUUCUCCUUCACACAAGACAUCCUACGGGGAAAGGCUAUUAACAUCUACACUGGCAGUGGUGGAAAAGACCUAGCACGUGACUUCACUUACAUAGAUGACAUUGUCAAGGGCUGUAUGCGUGCUUUGGACACAGCUGAGAAAAGCACAGGCAGUGGCGGUAAAAAAACCGGUCCAGCCCAACUGCGCGUCUUCAAUCUUGGCAAUACCUCUCCUGUCACAGUACCGAUCUUGGUUGAUAUUCUAGAGAAGCACUUAAAACAGAAAGCUAUCAGGAAUAUCGUAAAGAUGCCUCGGAAUGGAGAUGUCCCCUUCACACACGCGAACACAUCAUCAGCGCAAAGCCAGCUAAACUACCACCCAACCACGAAUUUGGACACAGGUCUCAGGAAAUUUGUGAAGUGGUACCUGAGCUACUAUGGGGUUGGAACAGACCAUAGGCUAUGGUUGGGUGAUCGUGAGCAGAUCGUAUGAAUCUUCUUACACCCCUUGCCUUGCGUUGUAGGUUUUGUCCGAUCACAGGUUUUGAAGCUGUAGGAUAUAAAGCGAAGUCCUUCAUGUCCUGCCUUUUAACCACACAAGGAGGCUCAUGUCCAUGUAGUGUGCAGAGGAAUUGUGAACACAUUCGUUCAGGGCUGUAGAAAUGUCAGAGUCUGUCUUGUUUUCUGAUGGUGAUAGGUUUUGAUAUUCCUCAAAAGAAUAGUCUCAACCGGACAGUAUGUCCUUCAGAGGAUAAUGUAUUUCUUCUUACUCUCCUGACGAAUCUGGGCUGUUUCAAUUGCUUACAUCUUCUUGGACUCAUGUAUAAUUGAAGGGGUGUCAGAGUUAGAGAAAUUAGUCUUGAAUAAAGUUCCAAGGAAGGUGGGAACCAAUAAGUGAAU